GUCAAACCAAUUGAACGAAUAAGCGCCAUAUUUACUUCCUCAAGACAUUUUUUCCGAACAACAAGGUUGAGAGAUGUCUGUUGAACCUACAUUUCAGUCCCCAGCUAGUCAGUCCCCUGGGGCAGGGUCGGUGGCGGUCAGCGGAGAAGCCGCCCAGAUGCUGACACAGUUCUGGCCAAAAGCCAUGCAGGACAUCCGCAAUCUGAAAAUGGAUGACUUUAAGCAACAAGAACUUCCUCUCGCAAGAAUUAAGAAGAUAAUGAAACUGGACGAGGAUGUUAAGAUGAUCAGUGCAGAAGCCCCGGUACUUUUUGCCAAGGCAGCAGAAAUAUUCAUCAGUGAAUUGUCAUUACGAGCGUGGAUCCACACAGAGGACAACAAGAGAAGGACACUUCAG